AUGUGGUUCAAAUGCCGCCGCGUUGUGGUAAAAAGCAAGGAGAGAAAGCGAAAUUACGAAGAGACUGAUGUCGAAGAAGCGGUAGCAAUAAAGCCAGCGUCUGAUCUUGCAACCAACCGUGGGCAUGUCUCGCUUUCGCUAUCCAAGGAGUCUCGCGAGUCUCCAAGGCAGGCCUCUUAUCUCGCUGAUGGCCCAUGCUAUGUUCCGGAGUAUCACUAUCAAGGACAUCCUUCAUGGGAUCUACGUGUAAACGGUGCGGUCAGUGAAACUACUGAUUCGCCCAUUCCGUUCAAAGUCGUGAAAGGAGACUGUAGCCGAAUUUGUUCCGCGUCGGAACCACGUCCUCCUGUAGUGGAUGUUCCCUUAUCUCCUAAACCACGACCACCUGGAAUGAUUGAGCGUCCUCCUGUAGUAGACGUUCCCUUAUCUCCUAGAACACCACCACCUGGAAUGCUUGAGCAGUCACCUUCUCCUAGAGAUCCCCAAACCACUCCUCCGUUUAAAACGUGCUCUCCUACAGUGGACGUUCCUUCACCCAAUACACCACCUAUUCAGUGCAGUCCUCGCAGGGAUCCACCAAGCAAUUUCCGUGAAGUAGUGAGAUGUCCUGCAGGAUGUCGGGUUGAACAAUCCCCUGCAUCUCCUGUGGAAUCUCCCGAGGAGGAAACGGCGGGAGGUUGCGUCCAAGUUAAUCCUAAAGUAGUGCAUGAGUCAAUGGUCCUUGUUUCGCACCAAACAGUAUCUGCUGGUGUGCCAGGUCAUGAAGGGGGAUGUUUCAUUGUGGAGCAACCAGAUUCGGCUGAUUGUGCCAAAGCGAAGGACCUCGGUCACAACUCGCCAAACGAGAACGAUUAA